GGAUAUUGGGCCGCGCAGCUCACUAACGGAGGGAUGUUAGCUAUGCAAGUCAAUCCCCACUAACGGAGGGAUGGCUCUUUUUCCUCCAUAUCCGUCCAUGUUCAUCCCACGUUAUACGCCGUCGUAUUUUUAUUUAGGGUUUAAGCCUAUUUAGAGCGUCUCUCUCUCUCUCUCUCUAAGACAUGAAAUGAAGGGUAUACCUACUCCUACCACCACCUUUAUAUAUUUUGUUCUUCCCGAGCCGAUCCACGAGCUGCAGGGAGGCAGAUUCCAUUCCAUUACCCAGACACUUUGAUCUUCUUUUGCAAUUCAUAGAUCGGUCCGAUCUAGUUUUGAUAUAACACUCCCUUUUCUGUAUUUGAACCCCCGCCGCCCAAAAAACAAAAGUUCUUGAAUUUUGGAGAAUAUGGUGGUGGGCAUGGCGCAGCUUCAGCUUCGUUACUCUGCUUCUUCUAUUCCCAGGCAAUACCAAUACUGCCGCAACGUCUCCGAUGAUCAUCGCUUUGGUGCUACUUCUAUUUCUUUUCCAUUUUCUUCUUCGUCAUCUCAAAACUGCUCCCUUCAUCCGAUCCACAAGAAUCUCUCCAAACCCUACAUCUUGGGUGGGAAAUCCGAGCUUCCCUUCGCCGGAGGCGGAGAUCGCAACAAUGGGGUUGGACACGGCGGCGGAGGCGGCGAUCAUGGAGGCUCCAGUGGAGAUGGGAAUGAUUUCGGAGAUCCAUCAUCAUCUUCUGGGGCUGGUUUUGGGAUUCUGGGUCUUUUUCUAAACGGAUGGAGAUCCAGGGUUGCAGCCGAUCCCCAGUUCCCUUUUAAGGUUCUCAUGGAGGAAUUGGUGGGAGUCACCGCUUGUGUUCUCGGGGACAUGGCAUCCCGUCCCAACUUUGGUCUCAACGAGCUUGACUUUGUUUUCUCCACGCUCGUUGUCGGAUCCAUAUUGAACUUCACUCUUAUGUAUCUUUUGGCACCAACCCUGUCUGCAUCGUCCGCUAAUCUCCCUUCCAUCUUUGCCAGUUGUCCCACGAGCCAUAUGUUUGAACCGGGUGCCUAUACCGUUUUCAAUCGGUUUGGGACGUUUGUGUACAAAGGUGUAGUCUUUGCUGCGGUUGGGUUCGCCGCGGGGCUUGUGGGGACUGCCCUCUCAAACGCGUUGAUCAGUCUAAGGAAGAAGAUGGACCCCAAUUUCGAGACUCCAAACAAGGCUCCUCCGACGCUUUUAAAUGCACUCACUUGGGCCGCUCACAUGGGUAUUAGUAGCAACUUCAGGUACCAAACUUUGAAUGGGAUCGAGUUUGUGCUGGCUAAGGGGCUGCCUCCUUUGGCGUUCAAGUCCUCGGUGGUGGUUCUCAGAUGCUUAAACAAUGUUCUUGGAGGUAUGUCAUUUGUGAUUCUGGCCAGGAUGACGGGGUCACAGAGCGUUGGGGAAGCAAAGCCGGUUGCAGGAGAGGUUGGGUCCGUCCCAGAGAAGGAGAAGUUGAUUGAUGGGGCCGAGCAUAUCCAGAGCAAUCCGUCGACUUGCAAGUGAUGUAUUCCAAUUGGGUUCAUCUUCAUUUCAGCCUUUUUGGCUCUGCUUUUUUUUUUUUUUUUAAUUAGGCAUGUUUUUAGAAUUUUCCUAUCAAUUUGCGUAUGUUCCUAACUUCGGCUUUGCUUUGGGGCCCAUCCCGAUCAUGAUAAUAAUUUAGUGAGUAAUAAGAACUUCAAUCUUAUUUCUA